AUGGCCGUUUUACAAGUUUGCCUAUUGUCGUUAUUUGUUGUUUGUACAACAAGCAGUUAUAUGUUUUCUGACACUAUCAUCAUAAACAAUGGAGCCUACAAUGUUUCUUACAAUUUCAAUGAAUCAGCAGAUACUUUAGAAUUUUUAGUGGAAGCAAGCGCCACAGGAUGGGUCGGGUUUGGCUUUUCUUUAACUGCAGGCCCAACCAAAAUGGUAGGCUAUGAUGUUGCCGUAGGAGGGGUGUUGAGUAAUGGAACUGGUUAUCUGCGGGUAAGUGAAGAAUUUUGCUCUCUUUAAACUACUUGCCAAAGUGAAAAUGUCUUAGUUUUGACGAUUUCCGUCGAUUUUCCCAUGAUGGACGGCAUUUAAAAUGUGGCGACUUUUGAAAAGUGAGUGAACCGAGAGACUAAUAUUCAGGUUUUUUUCAGAGUUUUUGGCCAUUUGGAGAAAACUGCCCAAAUUUACAUUUCUUUUUCAACGUGUUGCUUAUAAGCUAUCUUUCUAAAUGAAUUGAAAACCUUGAAAAGUCGCCUUUAUCGCGGAAAAAAAAAACAUACUUUUCAUGAUUACUUUUUUUCAGUUUUAAAGUGAAAUUGCCUGUCAUGAAGGAAAUGUGUUCAUCAACUUCUCGCGGUGGUGCUAACCACAGAGAAUAUUUUUUGAGGAACUUGUACUUUACCGUUCGAUCUGCAACUCACGAUAACCAUUUUUACAGUUCAUAUCAUAAAUUAUUCAAAACUGAGCUCACGGCCCGUCGGUGCACGGAAAGUUUCUUUACUACUAUUUGCGGUAACCCGGCUCUCAGUCAAUAACGCACCAAUACUCAAACUAAAGAGACAUAUUUUUGUGAAAUGGGAGUGACUAGCUGAGCAACUUGCUUGCUCAGAGAAGAGGUAGCGAGGUCUUCAUCACAUUUCAGCUUCUUCUCCACUGAAAGUUUUACAUACUCUCUCACUGAGGCUCCCCCUCCAAUUAACUCAACACUUAUCACAACAGUAUCGAGUUUAUGAAAGGCAUAUAUUUACACUACAAUUGAACAUGAAGAUAUACAACAAAUAGUUCCAAAAUAUGAGAACGCAAAAACGACUACACAAUCAGGCAAACAAUGAAACAAACUUAAUAAUAUAUACCACUUUAUUUUUUCACCUGCGUGAGAGUCAUUAUUUCGUGGUUCAUUAACCCGAAACACGAAAUCAACGAACGUCGUACAAAAAUUUCUUCCACUGGAGUGAUUUCCAUCCUGUUACAGAUGACUAACAUGAGUACUGAAUGCUUUACCACAGCAAGACGGAUAUUUCACAGUUUCUCAGUGAGCGCGCUUUGAGAAGGUAGAUAGCCAACGAGGCUAUCUAAUAAGCCGAACAGGUGACGGUUUCUUCCCGUAGGGCAUGAUAUUUCGGCUCAUAAAACAUAGCUGCUCUGAAGUUUUAAUAUCUCUUGGUUUUUAAUAAUGCGAAGAACAUCAUAAAUGUGCUUAUAAAUUUCCAUUUUCCAAUACACUAGCUCUAAAAAAUAACUGAAACCAGUAAUUCCGUGCAUUAUUGUUAUCACUCAACUCCCGAUGCCCAAAAGCAUAACUGUUUAUAGGUAACCAUGGGAACUACGAUUGUUUGCGCCAACUCAUCGUGAAAUAUGCAGCCGGUUAAGACCCUGAUUAUGAAUGCAUUGGCUUACGAAUUUCCGGACUAUAAUUAAAAUCGCUCGCGAAUUUGAGAGUAUUAUGCCUGGAUAACACACAGGUGUUCGUGCUUUUAAAAAAAACUAUGGGCCCAAAAAUAUCAUAUCACGCAUAAAAUAUGUUAAACCUUGCAUUGUCAACCAUUUCGGCCUUUUUCCUAGACGCACCACCGAGGGUUUAUGGCUUAGUAUAUGUUAAGCAGACCCGCUGGUUUUUUAGGAAAAUGUAAAAUUUGGUUUGUUUUUAGGCAUUUGGUCGGCUCGUUAGUUCAGCCUUUCAAAGAAAAAGAAAAUAAAUAAAGUAUCGCAGUUCUCUUUUGGGACCACGACGCCAAUGUCCCAAUAUCGUGAUCGAGACUGUAGUAUACUUCAAUAUCACACAGGUUUUCCUGUUUUUUGUGGCGAUUCCGGAAACUUUGAGAAAAAAAAAACAAACAAAAAAAAACAAACAAAAAAAACCAGUACGUUUAAACCUACAAAAAAGGUUACUCAAGUGAAAUCCCAUAGUGCGACCUCCACGUUAAUGAGACUACAUUCCUUCUGCUAAAUGUGAAAACACUCAGUCCUUUUUCAAAAUUUUAAACUCCACUGAUCUGUCGGGUCAAUAUCUCAUGCUACUUCAUGGGCUAUUUAUCACCAUGUUUAGAGACAUACACUACUGCAUGUAUAAGAAUUCGAGAACGGUACUGGUAUCCGAGUACCAAACCUUGUACUCGCACGGUAAUUUUUAGGGAGUUAUUAUAACUCCAAAAAUGGAGUAAAAAUUUUAGGUACAGGAUAACCCCUUUUUGGGGGUUAUUUUAACUCCUAAUUUAACUCCGAAUUUGGGGUCAUUUUUACUCCUGAAAAAGAGUUCUUUUUACUCCCAGUCUUGGAGUUAAAAUUACUCCGAAAUGGGGUUACUUGUACUCCUUACAGGGGUUGUUUUUACUCUUUUUGGAGUUAAUUUAACUCUGAAAGUGGAGUAAAAAUUUUAGGUACAGGAUAACUCCUUUUUUGGGGUUAUUUUAACUCCUCAAUAUCUGGGGUCACUUUUACUCCUGAAAAAGAGUUCUUUAAACUCCUUUUUGGAGUUAAAAUAACUCCACGAAAAAUAACUCCACUGUAAGGAGUUAAAUUAGCCCCACUAGAGGAGUUAUUAUAACUCCCUGAAAAUUACAGUGCGGACAUUAAGUGAGUACUGGUUCUCUCUGUGAACACUUUCUUUGUUAGUUCCGAGGCAAUCCAUUGCUUUGCAUACCGGUACCCAAAACUUCCUGCUACGCACACCUCUCAAAAUAGCAUCACACAGGAAAUAGAGGGACGUUACAUGUCCCGAGACCAUUUUUAGGCAGUAUCCAGGUACUGGUACUCGGGCACCUAAUGUGAACAGCACCUUCUUGGGUUUGGCAAUUAGACCACGGGUUCGAGGCCUCCACCAGUAAAUUAGCUAGGACUUUUCGCUUAUGGAUCUCGUUCAAUAGCUUUCAGUGUGCUGUUUUUUUGUAGACGUUGCAGCCCCCUUUAACUAACGCGUUAUUAAAUUACUGUCUGUCUUUACAGGGUCUCUCAUAAUCCGCAUAUUUUUGCCUCCAAUUAGGAUUAUUUCACCAAUGGCACUAAACAACCUCCGGAGGAUUCUCAACAAGAUUGGGUGUUGAUCAACUCAAAUGAAGAGAGCGGUGUAACAACGUUAAAAUUUUACCGCAAGCGAAAUACAAGUGACUCAAACGAUAUUGCUAUUGAGGUAAGAUUUACUUUGUAAGAAGCAGCAACGGCUAGAACGCCUGAAACACAGGUGCCAAAUCCUGGGUGGAUACAUUCAAACGUUUUAUUCGGCAAUACCCUUUGGCGUCACUCCUUCCCCCUCCCCCGGAUAAAUAAAUAUAUAAAUGAAUAAAUAAAUAAAUAGAUAAAUAAAGCACUUUGAGUACCAAUGUAUUUAGCACGAAAGUACUAAUUCGGGACACUAUUUUUACGUCUCCAACUUGGGGCAGUACCACCAUUUAACGUACAUGGUCAUCCAAGCCAUGCAAAGGUCUAGCCGCUUGCAGUGCAUGCAAAGGAAGCACCUUCAUUUCUCAAUCAUUUUAAGACCCUGAGUAUUGGUCCCCCCCCCCCCCGAGAAUUGACCCGGCGACCUCCCGCUCUGUAGUCAAGCGCUCUACCGACUGAGCUUAUCCUGCCGCAGAGAGCGAGAGUGAGUCGAUACCUUUCCGGUUUUCGACAGGUUUUUAAAAUUAUUUCAAAUCAUGCCCAGCCAAUCAGAAAUAUGCUGAAUUUUGUUCUUGCGAUGACCAGUUAAGGUAGUAAUCGAAAAAGAUGACAAAUCCCUCUUUGUUUCUUUCAAUGCGAAGAAACACGCAGAACGGCUGAGAAAGAAGAAAAUAUCAUUCCUGCUGACCCAUAUUAUGGAUUCAAAGUGUUUACUCUGAGUCAUGUUUAUUCUGGAUUUCAGCAAGGGGUGCAAGUUUACAUUGUUUGGGCUUACCACUCGACCGCUGAUGUGGAUCCGGACAGUGGGACGUUUAGUCGACACACGGGUGAAAAAGGAGUGGAAGGUCCUGUGACACUCAUCCCAACAAUAGCGUCAAUGACAACGUCAGAAAUGCCUGCCAUGGUUACAACAACAGAGGCAGAAGUGAGUACACCAGCAUUGCUUGCGAUGACCACAUCAACAAUGGCCGCCAUGACUACAUCAGCAGUGAUAGAAGUGGGUCCAUCUACAAUGGUGGAAAUGACCACAUCUGCAAUGGAAGAAAUGACAACAUCAGCAUUGACAGAAGUAGGCACAUCUACCAUGGUCGAAAUGACUACAACAACAAUGGGCGCAAUGACUGCAUCACCACUGGCUACAUCGAACACUCCUUCCAUGAUAAUUGAGCCAACGACAGCUACUACCGCAGUAGCAAGUGAGUCAUUGUCAUGUCAUAUUAAAAAUAAAACAAUUUCCUGUGAAGUCUUCAAAUGUUAUAAUAAUAACAGAGAUUAUGAUGACCUUUAGAGUUAGCCCUGGCCUAUUCGUCAGGACCACACUUACAAGAACGAUUAAGAAUAACAUAACUAUUGUACAUUUCUUUAAUCUCGCUCGUUAUAUUUAUAUACCGUGUGGCACGAAAUUUUUGCGGAUUGGCGAUUUUUUGUGUUUUGCUGGACUACUUUAAAUUUUGCGAUUAGGACAGAUUGAUUUUUUUUGAAGGAAAUUGUUUUUGCGAUUUCAGAAAGUUUCCAGUACCCAGCAUUGAAAAUAUUUUCGUUUUUAUUGAGUACUAAGGGUCGUGCAAUAAAAAAUUCAUAUUCAAACAAUAAGAAACCAGUAUUUCAUUGCAUACCGUUUUGUUUCUGAAUGAAAGAGACUAGUUGCGAUCGAACAGACACGAUUUCUUGGUACUGUAUUUUUGUGUAGCGAAUUUAAGUUAUGCAAAUUAUACUUAUUGCCGCUCCUACUACUACAGGUGAGUUUCCUAAGUAAAGGCUUAUUUUUUUUACCACCACCACCAUGAUGUUGAUGAUGAUGAUGAUGAUUGUGAUGGUGGUGGUGGUGGUUAUGAUGGUGAUGAUCUUUAUUGACUUGUCGGUACUACACAGCUUAGGGGAAAAAUCCCAUCAGGGACAAAACGCUGCGAAGGAGAGGUAAUCAAGUGGACGUUAGCAAUUGUGACCGCUCCAUAAAGGUUUUUUUUCUGUAAAUCCCCCUUUAAUAUUCGCCGCCUAUCGAGUAUCAUCUCUUCUCUGUAUGAUAACUUUAUUCCUUAAACUUUAGUUUUGUUUCGCCGAUCAUAAGCAUUGCGUUAAAUUCUACGUAAUAAAACUUUUUUUUAAUUCAGGUACGCCCACUAAUCCACCGGCCCGAACGACACCAAGUGAGUUCAUGAAGUUAUUCGUUACGAGACAUAUAAAAUAUUAGUUUCCUUUUCUGUUGAUGAUAGUGUGGAACCCAGUUAGGAAGUUGGGUUGGGCCAUGAAACAUUGGUCACAUUAGUGGAGUAGGGUGAUAUUAUGAUACUACACCUUCCUCUUCUCUAUACUGAAUUCAUUGUCAAAAUAAUCCUCUAAAGCGCUAAUUCUAUUUUUCAAUCUGUCUUUGCAGCAGUGUUUCUCUUAUCCUUUGACAAUAAUCGAUUCCUUGUUCUGACAAAUGGAAAGCGCCCUUAGUAACAAAAUUUGUUUAAUCAAGUAAUAUUUGGGACACUGCACUGAAAAAUUGACCCAAAACGAUAAUGGUGAUUAUAUUAAUGAUGUCGAUGAUGAUGUUGAUGUUGAUGAUGAUGAUGAUGAUGUUGAUGACGAUGUACAUGAUGGUGAUGAUUAUAAUGGUGGUGGUGGUGGUGAUGAUGAUGAUUUUAUUGACGUGUCGGUACUACACACCUUAGGAGAAAAAUCUCACCUGGGACAAAACCCUAUGAAGGAGAGGUAAUCAAGUCGACUUUAGCGAAUUAUGACCGCUCAACAAAGGUUCAACCGUAAAUCUUCCUUUAAUAUUUUCCACCUAUCAAGUAUCAUCUCUUCUCUGUAUGACAAUUUUAUUGCUUAAACUUUAGUUUUGUUCCGCCGAUGCCAAGCAUUGCAUUAAAUUCUGUGUAAUAAAACUUUUUUUUUAAAAUUUCAGGUACGCCCAAUAAUCCACCGGCCCAACCGACACCAAGUGAGUUCAUGAAGUUAUUCGAUGCGUGACAUUUAAAUAUUGUUUUCCUUUAUUUCUGUUGAUGACAGUGUGGAACCCAGUUCAGAAGUUGGGUUGAGCCAUAAAACAUUGUUCAUGUUAGGAGUUGGGUGAUAUUAUGAUACUACACCUUUCCUCUUCUCUAUACUGAUUUCAUUGUCAAAAUAAUCCUCUAAUACGCUACUUCUAUUUUUCCAUCUGUCUUUGCAGCAAUGUUUCCCUUGUCCUUUGACAGUGAUCGAUUUCUCGUAUUUUGGAGAUUUGACGAUCAAAACGACAAUAUUUUCAUUCACUUAAGAGUAAAGACAACUGGCUGGAUCGGAUUUGGAUUCGCCGAGACAGCACCAAGCAACAUGAUGAACUACGACGUAAUUGUCGGGGGAUAUAGCAAUGGUCAAGGAUACUUGAACGUAAGUUUUACCAGGCCCGUAGCAAGCAUAAAAUGACUGGGGGGGCUGAGCGAGUGGCCCACAUUAACUCCCCCCCCGCUCCUGUCCCUCGGUUAAAGUAUCCUUCUUGGUACAUGUCACAUAGCUACAUUUGUCUACAAUGCCUUUUGUUCUUGUCUCUAAUUUUCCGUUUGUGUUGACUUUGAGGAAAUAGAGAACUUGUUUGGGAUAUCGUUCGCAGAAAAUUUGCCAAUCAUUUGCUUUCGGUUUUCUUUCUCCCCAACGAAGUCAUUAGCUACAUCUACAAGGGUCAGAGCAUCUGUUCUGUCCUUGUGAACAUGCAACAUCAUGAGGUGGUUCAGUCUAGAGUCUCCCGUUGUUAAGCGCAAAUACGUCUUCACCCGCUUCAAAGUUGAAAACGAUCUUUCACUAACGGCAUUGGUUGCUGGCAUGACGAGUAGCAGCUUUCCCAGAGUAGAAAUUUCGCUUAAUAGUUUUCUGCGGGAGCUAUCAAGGGACUGCAAGAAGGUUACCAAAUCAUUUCGUUCAUUUACACAAUUCCAAAUUGCACAGAAGAACAACAGUACAUAAUAUUACUAUGAUCGACAAUUCUUUGAAACUUUAGCUUCCACUGACAGCUGUCGAUUUUAGUAGAAAAAUUCCACUGUUGUAGCAAAAUUUAAUUCAAGUCUGAACAUUUCUGGGGGGGCUCGAGCCCCCCCUGCCCCUCCCCCUGCUACGGGCCUGGUUUUACUCACACGUCUUCUGAUAUAGACAAGUAUCUAAAUCUUUUACAUCUACACUUCACUCGUUCACUUUGAGAAAAAAUAUUAUGGAGUCUAAGAUUUCUUUUCAAAAACCUUUCCCAACACUCUAGUCUAGCAGUUGAGUGCAAAUCUGAGGAGAAUUGUGCCUUUUUGAUUUUAAGCCACCUUCGCGCCUGUGCGAAGGUGGCUUUGUUACACACACAAAAAAGGAUGCUAUAAAGCGGCCUAAAAACAAGGAAAUACAAGGUGACAAAGACCACUGUACAUCAGGAGUCCAACCUACGACCUUCUGGUUACUAGUCUAGUUGCUUUACCACUCAUGAGCUACCCCAGACUCGAAGGAGCUAAGGCCACUGUACGUCAGGAGUCCAACCUAUGAUCUUCUGGUUACUAGUCUAGUUGCUUUACCACUCAUGAGCUACCGGAGAUUCGAAGGGGCUAAGGCCACUAUGCAUCAGGAGUCCAACCUAUGAUCUUCUGGUUACUAGUCUAGUUGCUUUACCACUCAUGAGCUACCGGAGAUUCGAAGGGGCUAAGGCCACUAUGCAUCAGGAGUCCAACCUAUGAUCUUCUGCUUACUAGUCUAGUUGCUUUACCACUCAUGAGCUACCGGAGAUUCGAAGGGGCUAAGGCCACUAUGCAUCAGGAGUCCAACCUAUGACCUUCUGGUUACUAGUCUAGUUGCUUUACCACUCAUGAGCUACCGGAGAUUCGACACCGCUCUCACGGGAAGAAGACGUAUAUACAAACAUAUUCAUUUCUUCUCUAUUAAUUACAGAGUCAUGCACACAAAAUACCAAUUAGCUUCAUAAAGUUAUUAAUAAGUUAUAGUUAUAUUAAUAUUUAUUUAUCUUACUUUUUAAGAUGAGAUACCGCAGGGAAAUAACUAGGUUCUUGUGACAAACGUCCUGCAUGCUAUGAAAUCAAGCUCAAUCGAUGGAGCAUUGCGUCCGGUCAUCCCAAAGGUCAUAGUUCGAUUCACCGUCAAGCCUGAAAUUUGUCAGUUUUUCUUUUCAACCGCUUAGGUUGUCCAUUCAACUGUGAGAAUCAUGUUCACUUUCAUCUUUGUCGGUAGUUCAAGAUAUAAUUCAUUUUGAAUCAUUAUACGUUUCAAGGAAACUGCCCACCUACCCCUCCCCUAAGCCAAAAUUUUGCUCUAAGUGAGAAGUAAGUGUUAAUGUUGGCUUAGUGGAGGGGUAGGUGGGGAGUUUCCCAGAAACGUAUAAUCAUUUUCACAUAUUUCAGUUCACCCUGCAAACUGCUAGGAAUGGAAUGUCGAUAUGUGCUUAUGUCUGUGCGCAAUGUGCUAAACUGCUUGCUAUAGGUUUGAACCUUAAGAUCCCCUUGAUCUUGUUAAGAAAAAGAACACAAACAGCGCUGAAAAACAUAUUCAACUUACUCAUUUUUAUAAACUUGACGUUUCGUAUGCUACUCAACAUACAUUUUCAAAAUUACCGUCACAAUUUUGAAAACUAUACUUAAAUAAUAGCGGAAAGGGACUGCGACGGAGAUUAAGCACAAAGAUUAAAAGUCAAUCUUAAAAAGAAACAGCUAAUUAACGAAGCAUCAGCUUCUCGCUACUGACGUUUACACUGAAAGCUGACUUCAGUUCUUGUAUAAGCAAUGUUUCUUUGAUUUCGCGACGUCCCUAAUAUCUGAGAGCCAAGGACAGCCUAGUUGAGGCUGAAGAGAAACAAUCGUCCAAAUAACCAACCUCAAGUCUUAGCCGGAAAAAAGAUACACAUAACAAAAAACUUGCCUUAGAUAUAUAUCUAAGCUAAGGCAACUGUAAAUUUUUCAGGAUUCCUUUACAAGCGGGCAAAGACGGCCACCCCCUGACGCUAGCCAGGAUUACCAACUCCUCAAUGCAUCUGAAGUUGGUGGAUACACCGAACUGAUGUUUGAAAGACGACGUGAUACAGGUGAUAACGACAACGAUCUCACUUUUAUGGUAAGUAGCUCACCUUUUCUGUAGUAAUCGUGAUUAAUAACUUUGGGAUGGCAAGACGCGUAGAAAAUUAUGUCUUUUUUGAAAAAGAUUCGAACAUCUAAAAAAUGGUAAAAUCGCCCAUUUUCAACGGAUUUUUACCCUAAAAAGGUCACCUAGAAUUUUCGGGAGCCUUUUUUCUGGCUGAAAUAUUCGAACAGGUAAGUUUUGAUCCCUAUAAUUUUCGGAUCACUAGACUUUCAGCUAGGAAAUCCGAACAGAUGAAAUAUUUAUAGGGGAUAAAAAUAUGCCCAUAUCGACCGUUUAAAUACUAAAACACGUUUAACAAUGCUAUGUUUAAGUGGUUUUGAACUAUAUUAUCGUUGGGUGCCCCUGCCUCUUAGAGCCGGAAAGUUUAAAAAAAUCAAAGCCUUCCUCCUCUUAUUUAUCAUUUACCGAGGGGAAUUUGACGAAAGUAAGAGUAAAUGCAAAAUCAUAUUCUCUUGAUUCCGGGUUGUUCAAACCUGGGUCAAGAUAACCCAGGGUAAGUGCAAAAUGUUUUAAUUCAAAUAUGAAAGAGAAAACGGCUAAUUCAGUUUAAUUCUAUUUGUCUACAAUUUGAUGAUUGAAUGGUAUAAAAACAAUAGAGAAAAAAAAACUUUUGAACAAAAGAUAAAGAAACCCGGGUUAAAAUUGAACCCCGUAUUAGCGCUAAUGUCGGCCUUCGAACAACUGGACCCCACGAUUAUCAUGAUAUAUCCUGGCCCCUAUUCCUGGAAAGCCCCGAUUAGUGUUAAUCCAGGAUUAACCGCUGAUCGGAGGAUUGUAUAAUCGGCUUUCCAGGAACUGGGGCCAGGAACCCCUUUUUAACCUCUUUUUAAGAAAUUUAAACGUGGAUUAAACGCUAAUCGAAGGAUACUUAAAUCGGCUUUCCAGGAACCGGGGCCUGGUCACUAGUGGAUAGACACAGUUUUAAUUUCCCUGCUCCCAUCCCCUCACCCCUUGCAAAAGCGAAAAGAGGAAAACUUUGCUUUAGCCUGCGAGCAAGCUCUCCGGGAUCAGCGCUCUGGCGGCGGCACGAAAAAGGAGAGCGCCCCAGAGAGCUUGCUCUCAGGUUAACUUUGCAUAGAAUUUGUUGCCUCGUCCCUAAGUCUCCGUACUUGUUGCUAGGAGACCAGUGUUUUGUCUAUUAGGGGAAAAAUGAAUUUCCCAAGGUGAAACCCUGUGCCGCUCCCUGUUUUCCUUGCCAUAGCAAAGCCUGGGGUCGAGUUAGUUUUGAAGAAAAUCGUCAUGGUAAAUUCCUAAAAAGAAACGUAACAACUAAGCAAUAACCAUAAAGCACAUAUAAGCCACUGUAAAAUUACUAAUUUCUGCCCUUAUAGUAAGGGUGAAAUCUCCAGCUCUUUCUGUUUCUUUCUCGUUAUUUAUUUCAAACAAGGAACAUUCCCGGCGGCUCCCCGGCGGCAUAACGAGUUAAAUUUCUUACAAUCCAUUCAGUUUCCAAGCGGUUUCGUUACAUGAUGAACUCGCGACAACUGUUUGGCUGGAAGUCUUUCUCAUUUGCACUAACCCGCCAAGAACGAAUAGUAAAUGAUGCCAAACCAAGACUCUCUUUACUCUGAAUAACUUAGCUAUUUUUAAAUACUUUUGUGUUUAAAUUAAAUUGCAGCCUGGUGGCCAAUUUUAUUUCGUUUGGGCCUAUCACACCGGAGACGUCACCGAUAUCAGCAAUUUUCAAAAACAUUCGAGGUCGGGCGUUAGUCCUGAGAAGUAUACCGUGAUUCCAGCUCAGCAACCUAUUCCGACAGAGGCUGCUGCACCCUCUCUGCAGCAUUCAAGCAUUUGUGGACUCUUUUCUCUCUUGGUAGCAAUGAUAAAUGUUUUCUCUCUGAGCAGCUGA